AUGGCCACAGCAGCUGCCAAGUUCCUGCGAGAGUACAAGCUCGUCGUCGUCGGUGGUGGCGGCGUCGGUAAAUCUUGCCUGACCAUUCAAUUGAUCCAGAGCCAUUUCGUCGACGAGUACGACCCGACAAUUGAAGACUCGUACCGCAAGCAGUGUGACAUUGACGAUGAGGUCGCCCUCCUCGACGUUCUCGACACGGCCGGCCAGGAAGAGUACAGCGCCAUGCGCGAGCAGUACAUGAGGACCGGCGAGGGGUUUCUGCUCGUCUACGACAUCACCUCGCGUCAGAGCUUCGAGGAGAUCACUACGUUCCAGCAGCAGAUCCUCCGCGUCAAGGACAAGGACUACUUCCCCAUGGUGGUGGUCGGCAACAAGUGCGAUCUCGAGAGCGAGCGCGAGGUUUCCCGUCAAGAGGGCGAGAACCUGGCCCGCAACUUCAACUGCAAGUUCAUCGAGACCUCGGCCAAGUCGCGCCUCAAUGUCGAAAAGGCCUUUUACGACGUCGUUCGCGAGAUCCGCAGGUACAACCGCGAGAUGCAAGGCUACUCGACCGGCAGCGGCGGCCCCAGCGGUCUCGGCGGCGGCAACAAGCAGAUGGACAUGGAGGAUGGUGAGAACGAGGCUGGCUGCUGCGCCAAGUGCAUCGUCAUGUAA